AGGAGUAGAAGAUGAACAAACCUAUAACUUCAUCAACAUAUGUGCGCUGCCUCAAUGUUGGACUAAUUAGAAAAUUGUCAGAUUUUAUUGAUCCUCAAGAAGGAUGGAAAAAGUUAGCUGUAGCUAUUAAAAAACCAUCCGGUGAUGGAAGAUACAAUCAGUUUCACAUAAGGAGAUUUGAAGCCUUACUUCUGACUGGAAAAAGUCCCACUUGUGAAUUACUGUUUGACUGGGGCACCACAAAUUGCACAGUUGGUGAUCUCGUGGAUCUUUUGAUACAAAAUGAGUUUCUUGCCCCUGCAAGUCUUUUGCUGCCAGAUGCUGUUCCCCAAACUGUGUAUACAGUACCUUCUCAUGAAGCAGUAACAGCUCAGCAGAAACAGGUGCCUCUCUAUGGCAGAGCCGAGACAUCUGUGGUGCCAGUACGCAACCUUGAACUGAGCUAUCUGCCUCCUGACUCCUCAAGUACAGAGAAUGAAAGUUUAGAGGCUAGUGAUACACGUUUUCAUAGCUUUUCAUUUUAUGAGUUGAAGAAUGUCACAAAUAACUUUGAUGAGCGGCCCCUUUCUGCCGGCGGUAACAAAAUGGGAGAAGGAGGAUUUGGAGUUGUUUAUAAAGGCUCCUUGAACAACAGAACCGUGGCAGUAAAGAAGCUUGCAGCAGUGGUUGACAUCAGUACUGAAGAACUGAAGCAACAGUUUGAUCAAGAAAUAAAAGUAAUGGCAAAGUGUCAACAUGAAAACUUAGUAGAACUACUUGGUUUCUCUAGUGAUGGUGACGAUCUCUGCUUAGUUUAUGUUUACAUGCCCAACGGUUCAUUGCUUGACAGACUGUCUUGUUUGGAUGGCACUACACCACUUUCUUGGCACACGAGAUGCAACAUUGCUCAGGGUGCAGCUAAUGGCAUCAAUUUUUUACAUGAAAACCAUCAUAUCCAUAGAGAUAUUAAAAGUGCUAAUAUCUUAUUAGAUGAAGCCUUCAUAGCCAAAAUAUCUGACUUUGGGCUUGCACGGGCUUCUCAGAAGUUUGCCCAGACAGUCAUGACGAGCAGAAUUGUGGGAACAACAGCUUAUAUGGCACCUGAAGCUCUGCGAGGAGAAAUCACACCCAAGUCUGACAUCUAUAGCUUUGGUGUGGUUUUACUAGAAAUAAUAACAGGACUUCCAGCUGUGGAUGAACACCGGGAACCCCAGUUAUUGCUCGAUAUCAAAGAAGAAAUUGAAGAUGAAGAAAAGACUAUUGAAGAUUAUAUUGAUAAGAAGAUGGAAGACGUUGAUUCCAGUUCAGUUGAAACUAUGUACUCUGUGGCUAGUCAGUGUCUGCAUGAAAAGAAAAACAAGAGACCAGACAUUAACAAGGUUCAGCAGCUGCUGCAAGAGAUGACAACUUCAUGA